GCAUCCGGAAUAUUUCCAAACGCACCAAGCCACCGGAAGUUGUAAAUUCUUCACGUUCAUGCGGAUACAUUUUGACAACACAAAGUGUGUCUAAAAAAAAUUAAUCGCAAGGAUUCGCAUAUACCAUCUUCAAAUUGAAAUAUGUCCGAUAACGAAGAUAACUUCGACGACGGAGAUUUUGACGAUGCCGAGGAGGAUGAGGGAUUAGACGACUUGGAAAAUGUGGAAGAUGAGGACCAAGAGAACGUGCAGAUCCUCCCUGCAGGAGAGGGGCAGCAGGCAAACCAGAAGAGGAUCACAACACCGUACAUGACGAAAUACGAGAGGGCCAGAGUGCUUGGGACACGAGCUCUGCAGAUCGCGAUGUGUGCACCAGUCAUGGUGGAGCUAGAGGGAGAAACAGACCCCUUGCAAAUAGCAAUGAAAGAGCUUAAGAGCAGAAAGAUCCCCAUCAUCAUCCGCAGGUACCUUCCUGAUGGGAGUUAUGAGGACUGGGGCUGCGACGAGCUCAUUAUAACCGAUUAAGCAACUUAUCCAGUCUCCACUGACAAAAUAACAUGUGGUGGUUCAGACCCACCAUUGUCUCAGGGCAGUCAGCUGCACAAACUCAGAAGAGUCCUGAGAUGGAUGCCACUAUCACCCACCUGAUCCACAAACGGCCAUCAUAUCGGGAGACUCUGAGUCGAUGAAAUAUGAAUAGAUAAAAUGUGCUGAACACGUGCAGUGUGCUGCUUAUCACAUUCUCAGUCUUGUUGUGUUGUUACAUGCGCCACAACUCAAGUUAAAUACAAAGUAUGAAUUCACAGUCCUUUUUGUUUAAACAGCUGCAUUAUAACUUAGGGCCACAAGGGGGGAAUAUAACUGAAGUCAGCCAUUAACUUUGUUUUUUACAAGAAAAUCCUGUGUUGUAAUUAUUCCAUUUGUUGUUUCUGAAGGAGAGAGCUGAUUAGCGUUCAAGUACUGUUUUAUAGUAAUAAUAAACUUUUUUGUACAAAUGA